AAGUUCAAGUUGCAGGUGCCAAAGGUCGUUUUCUUCGUGAGCCACUACUGAUAGAUGAAUCGCGCAAGCAGCUGGGAGAACUUCUACCAUAAAUAUGGAUAUCUUUCGAGGACAACAAGUUCAUACAAAAUUUAGUGGGUCGUCCUCGUCGUGCAAAGUAGUAGAUUUGUUUCGUACUUCGCAAAGAGCAAGAUAAGUAAUUAAAGAUAUUACUGAUAUACAUGCAGCUCGUCGAACGAGACUCGUGACGUCGUGCAAGAAAUUCGUAUUUGUUUCGUUCAAGUCGUGAAACAAAAGCCCGGAAGCAAUCGUCCACUCCUAUCAAAGCCAAAGGUAAUACUAAAGAAGUUUUGUCGUUGUAUCUGAUGCUAGGAGGAAGACCGGCGAGGAGGAAAACCACUCAAUUUCAGGGGGAACCGUCGUGCCCAAUCGGGAUUUGUUGCUUCAUGAUAGAAAGCGACAAAACGCACGACGCGCGGGAGUUGGAAACCAAUUGCGGGUUCGGAGGGCAUUCAGCUUGGGAGCAUUUUUGGGAAGAUCCAAAACAAGUGUGCACUGGUAAGACCCAACCGCAGGAUUGCUCCAACUCGGAGGAGGGCGAGAUCACCAAGGAAAAAUGUUGUGACCAUUUCUGCAGCGCCAAGAUCAAGAAGGGUAAGCAAGAGCUAGCACCCGUGCCCGAGUGCUGCGGGUGCUACGACCUGUCCAAGGACUCGUGCGAGUGCGCUACCAUGUUUGGGUAAUUGUCUUGUGUAUGAGUGCAUUUCUUUUUUUUGGUCCCUCCAACUCUGGUACUCUUAAUCGAAUAUAUCUACUCGACGUUUUAUGAGUAAAAAGAUCAGAAGCCCGAAGUGGUACUUAAUCGUAUACAAUCUGUACAAUUGCGGUUCACAUGGAAUGAAAAAAAUACUUUUACUCGUCUACCAGUUUUCUUCAGAACUUCUUUCCGCAGCAACGCGCGCAGCUGGUCGCUGUCGACAAUUUUUGGGCUAUCUACUCUCUGUGACAUUCUGAAUGCCUCCGCGACAGGGACCGGACCACCCACAGAAAUACGUUUUUAAGUGAAUGGAAUAGGAAUGGUUCCACGACUACUUAAGUUCUAAAAAAUUGCACAGCAAGCCCAAGUCUGUGGUCUGGUAGCUAUCCUCGUUUGUAAUUUAUUUGCGUUUACUACAUUUUCAUAUCACAUUUUUUGUCCUUUAUUUUGUUUCGCUAUUCUGUCACAUUAUCAGUUUUCUCUUUCAACACACACGCAGAUUACCGCACAAUCGAGUAGCAGUUCAAGAAAGUAAUAAUAAAACUAGAAAAACCAAAAUAAGUAUUAAAUCUUCACAUAUAUUCUACUGGCAAGAAAACAACACAAAAGCAAUGCGCGGCCCUGUGUCUAGCUGUGCACUAUCACGACAGUCUACUUUUCACCUAUUAUUAAUUUCAUAGAGACUACCCACGAUGUUGAACAGCCACCAGAGCAUCCCCAGCCAUAGAGAAGAUCAAAAGCUAGAGCGUUCUUUCCCUUUCACUCUUUUACGUACUCCCUGCCCGAUGGCACAGUCUCCCUGAAGACACCUGUAUAGCAUACACCUGCUCCCUGAAAAAUUUUAUAGUCUGCUCAACAACACUAUGCAUAGCCUGCUCGACAUCAAAUAAGACAAUUAUAUAUCCUCGUCCACCGCCUCGUUGUGCGCUGUAUAUUAUUCUUUGAUUACUGUCGACGUCACGUGGACGCAUUUCGACUUUCGGGUCGUUCCCAGACCACACGUAGUUUUCGUUUGGGAAUCAACAUCCAGAAAGGGAUAUGAUUGUCAUGAAGUCACGAUUUGAUGCAGACCAUGAACCCCAGUUUCCAACUUUUUUACCCAUCUUAUCAAUAAUCG